AUUAUUAUAAUCUUCGAAUAAUCAUUUCAUUAUCAACAGUUCUCCAAUAAAAAUGAAGAUCUUUCUACAGUUAACUAUAAUUUGUGGGAUUUUCGCAUUUAGCUUUGCAGCCGAAUCGACUGGAUUUUAUAAGGAUCCCAGAUACCCUGGUAAAUGUUAUAUAAACGAAAACUUGAUAUUAUCAGCUGGAGAACAACGCCGUCACACCGACUAUUGUGCUAGGGUCAUAUGUGGCGGUGAGGGUUACACCACAAUUCAAACAUGCGGUGUUCAAGGUGCUGCACCUCCUUGUAAACUGGGUGACUAUGUAAAUCCCGAUGGAGAUUAUCCCGAUUGUUGUGAAAGAAACGUUGUAUGCUAAGGAAAAAAUUUAACAAUAUCUCUUGCUUCCUGAAACUUUUUGUUGUUAUUUUAAAAAUUAUAUC